CAGAGUUUAAUUUAUGUGAUAUUGGUGAAGUAUUGAGUCUGUUGUUGUUCAAAUAUUAGUUGACUCAUUUACAUUUUGCAUGAGGCGAGGAUUAACUUGCUUUGUUGAACUGUCUUUGUGGAGAAAAUGAAAGCGUUUUGAACGUGCUGGGGAAAUAUUGGCGGCUUUACAACUUUCCUCGUCAAGGCUUCAAAUGACAGACGUCCAAGCAGAUGAACAAUUUACAAAGGUAACUAUACAAGACUAUAAGUUUACCGGAUAACUUUCCUUAUAGCGCCUCGAAAAAACACCUAUCCGAUACGGAAUGUACAACUUUCAGAAGCUGAGCAAAACAACAUCUCUCCGUUGCAAUAAUUCCUCUGAAAAUAACGUUCCUGCAAGGUACGGAUAGUUGUUUUUCACAUCACUACAGAAACUUAUCUCGUAUAGUGUAAACGCAGUCUAUUGAUCGCUUGAAUUGGAAAUCAUACACAAAUUCGGUCCCGUUUAUUCAAACGAGAAUUCAAUUCAGGAGUUUUGUAUCAUUUUCACAGGCAGACCCGUUCAAAUUUGAAUGCUGUUUCGAAUUGGUCGCCCUUGUGACCGAAGCUAAAAACUAAAGUUUCAAUAUUGUAGAAAUAUAAUAUAUCUAUAUAUAGAACAGAGCUGUCCCGUUUGGCGACAAAGCCAAGUAUAUGACAAGAUUGAUUAAUUCUCGGAGUUUAGCGUUAUCAAUUUUUCAUCUUCACAUUUGGAGAAAUGAACUCCAGAAUUGAAAUCGUCAUGCUGAAAAUUGUCUAGACCGAAAAUUUAACGUUGUUUGGGCAGUCAGUUGCAACGCUAUUGAGUAGAAUUUGCUUGCGGCAGUGAAAACAUAUAUGCCCAAAACUUAAAUGUUCCAGUGAAAUUUUCGUUAUAGACUUAUUUGAGCAUGAAAAUUUAAGAUUUAGGUCCAUUUUUAGCAAAGCGCUGCAGAUAGCAACCUGGGCAACGCGAGAUUUCCUCGAUGGACAAAGAGAACCUUUGAUGUGUUUAUAAAGUUUGUUAGUUGGCAGUUGUGUUUACAUAUAUUCUCCUAUUACAAUAAGGUCUGAACAAGUUGUAAUUUUAUAAAAAAUCGGAAAAGUUCCUUAUGCUUAUAGGCUUAUAGGCCACAUAGAACCAAAUAUAAGUUGCUGUGGUUUCUAUUCCCAAGUCCCAACUACCUGAAGACGACCAGUUUGAGGCUGAACGUGUUUUAAUCUUUUUCAUUUAAGUUAAGUUUGCCGCUGAUCAAAAUGCUGUAUCGCCACAUUAAAAGUGUGCCCUCUUUGGUGUUACCAUAGCAACGGCAUAUGUUAUACAUUACCCAUUGAGUUUGUUCAGCCAAAGUAAUCCCCCUGUAAUCUCUUGACGAUCCUUCUGCAAAUGUUUUCAAUAUGCCGAAUGCUUCAAGAUAUAUGAAAUAAAUUGCUUGAACACAAAACGUUUCUGAAAUAAUACAUUUGUCCGUACGAAAACGUAAAGAUACUGAGGAAAGUUUGAAAGUAUUUGGGAUUGAAUAUAUUAUAUUACUUAAAUGUUGACAUAUUUCGGUUGCCAAAGUAAACGAAUGUGAGUUGCGUGGUUGCAUGGCUAAUAUCAGAGCCUGCGAAAACCGAUACAUGUUUACUUGAUGUAAACUUUCAUAUGAGCUCAGGAAACUCAUUUGCAUGCCCUGUGUUAACGCAUAUAAAAUUCAAGAUGAGAUGAGACAUGAGCCAGCCCAGCUAGGGAAGAUCUCACGGGAAUAGAAAUACCAUCCUUGGUAAAACAUCCUUGGUAAAACAUCCUUGGUAAAACAGCACGAUCUGAUCGCAGUCGCAAGACGAUUGGUCUUAGGACUGCGCCACCGACGCGUUGUGCGAUUUUGCGCGUUUAGAUUAUCGAGACACCUUACCAGAAUGUUUUGUUUCUACAGGAAGGUGACAGCAUACAAGAAAAUAUGAUGUCUGCUGAAGACCUCAGUGAACAGAAAAACAAAAUGGAUCAGAAUCCAAGAAGUACAUUUGAAAACCAUGUUGAUGAUACAAGUUCUUCAAACUCGCAGACAAUUGUAGAAGAUGCUUUGACUUCAAGAGAAUGUGGACGAAAUGAAAACAACUUGGUGGACAUGAUUCAUAUCGAAGAAGAUUUCAAAAAUUCCGGUCUAAACAUGCAACCAGGACACGACAAGGACUUUUUGGUCGAGGGCUCGACUGCUUCUAGCUCGCAGGCAAGCGUAGAAGAUGGUUUUAGUUCAAGAGAAAACAACAAUGCAGACAUAAUUGAUAUCCAUGAAGAUGAUGGUGCUGUGAGGUCAAUACAAUGGGUGCAAAUUGAAAGCAACGUGGCUUUUCUUGGAAAAGAUUCAAAGAAUGAUAUUGUGAGCAUGCGCGACAAUGGAAUGGAAGAAAAUUCUGGAAUGGUAUUUGAAAACCAUGCCGAUGAUACAAGUACUCUGAACUCGCUGACAGAGAUAGCAAAUGGCGUGAGACUCACAAACGUCUGUGAAGAUAUUGAAAACAACAAUGUUGAGAAUAUCAAAGAUGGUUUGAAAAACGUUGGUUUAACUUCAAGAAAUGGCGAGAUUAUUGAAAACAACAGGGCUGACAUUGGAAACGAUGAUGAUUGUGUGAACAUUCAGUUAAAACAUGACAAGGAAAUGGAACAAAAUCCCACAAUAACAUUUGAAACACUUGUGAUUGAACACUCAACUACUUCAAACUCGCAGACAAUCUCGGAAGAUGAUGAUGCGAGGUCAAUAGAAUGGCUGGACAUUGAAAGCAAUUUGACUUAUCUCGGAAAAGAUGUUAAUAACAAUUCUUUGAAAACGCAACGUGACAAUGAAAUGGAAGAAAAUCCAGAAAGGGCAGUUGAGAACCAUGUCGAUGACAGUAGUUUGACCUCGCAGAAAGUCGUAGAAGAUGGUUUGACUUCAAAAGAGUGUAAAGAUGUUGAAAAUAAGUUGCCCGACAUCCAAGACGAUUUGAAAACUGAUGGUUCAAGAGUCCAGAUUGAAAAUAGCUUGGCUGACAUUAAUGUCGGGGAAAGUUUGAAAAAUGAUGCUUUGAGUUCAGAACAAGGCGAGCAUAACAACAAGGUUGAUUUCGGGGGGAAUGCAAAUGAUGAUUUUGUGAAUUCACAACUACAACAUGAACGAGAAAUGGAAGAACUUCGAAAUGCUUUACAAGACGAAUAUCAAAAACAGGUGAAUUUCACAUAUUUUAUGCUACAUUUGCAAUAAAUAUAAACGGAAAACGUGAAGUGGUUGUUAUCCGGUACAAUAAAGUUAGUUUAGUUUAGGUUUCCUCCUGUAGUAACAUUGGAUGAUUAAGAGAUGAUCCUUACUGGACCUCUAGGAAGAACAGUUUAGAACUGAUAGAGUUAUCCAGUGCAAUAAAGUUAGUUUAAUUUAGGUUUCCUCCUGUAGUAAGUCUAGUAACACUGGGCUUUUACUGGAACUUUAGGGGAACAGUUUAGGACUCAAUCAAAAUAGUUAAGCGUUACAAUGAAGUUCCAUCCCACUUCAGUCAGACUUUUCGCUGAAUGUUUGUUGUUCAUUUCAGGUUUUAAAAAUUUCCGACGAACUUCAAGACCACUAUCAGAACGAUAUGGACGAGAAAAUUGCGAAACUUGAAGAAGAUUGGGAACUAGAGUUCACAAAACAGAAGCGGGAAUUUGACGAGCAAGUAUCCGCUGUGCAGCGAGAACAGUGGACGCAGUGUCAGGAAGCCAUUGAAAGAGUGACCUUGGACGCUGAAGAUCAGUUGAAAAACAUGAAAAACUCGUAUCAACGUGAGACCGCUGAACACAAACAACGCAUUAAGGAGCUACUCGAGCGCGAAGCAUUGUGGGAAAUGAACGAGAAAGAGCUGGCCAAUGAGAAAUCUCAAAAAGAGAAUGAGAGUUUCAGUAGAAUAAAGAAAUUAGAAAAGCAGUUGUCUUCCGAGCGAGACGAAGUUGAGUCUCGACUGAGCGGCGCGCAGGAGGAAAUAAAAACAUUGAAAAAACAACAUGAACGUGAGAUGGAAAGUUUAACGAAUGAACUGGAGAAGAAAUACAACGAUAUUGUGGAGGAAAUGAGGAAAGAAUUGAAAUCAAAAUAUCAGGUAAAACACUGAGUUAUAUAAUGCCAUACAGGGUGCAAAAAUUAUAACUUGAGUUGUACUGUGUAAAUCAAGCACGCAACUCGACAGUAAACAGGGUACACAUGUAAAAACGUACAAGUUGUAACAAAUCUGCAGCAGACUUGUAGCAAUGCUGUUCCCACAACUUGUCAACAGGAUGUGUUCGCACUGCUUGUUCCCAGCUUGUCCACAAGUUGUGAGUGACAACCUUGUAGCAACUUAAUAAAAUAACAGCAUUGUUACAACUUGUUUACAAGCCUGUUAAGAUUUUUACGUAUGUAAUGGGCAGGGGUGGAAAAAAUAUUUUACUUUCUGGGACCGCAAGAGAGCAUUGAAAAUUUUCUGCAAAUAAUCAAGUAAAUCGACACUUGGAUUGUAACUGUGGGACACUAACAAGUUUGAAAUUAGGUAUCCUAGAUUGGCUGAAAAUGCACUUGCCAUACAACAUUUGUUACAUCAUUCUAUAGUCUAAUACAUUUAUACACUAUCGCACUAUUAAGAUGGAUGCACUUAUAAUUGCAUUUCUGAGGUCAUGCAUGGUGUGAAUUUUCCUCUGAAUUUCUCCUUUUAUCUAAAUUAUUACAAUUUUUUUCUUGGGGAAAUAUUCUCUGGGAACUCAAAAAAUUUUCUGGAACCAAUGGUCUCAUAGUUCGAUACUUUUUCUACCCCUAGUAAUGGGCGCCUCUUGUCUCUAAUUGUAGGAUGAGAUGGAUCGUAAAGUGAACCAGGUGGAAUGUCACCUGCGUGAACAGUACGAAAAAGACUUGGAGAAAACCAAAGAAGAAGUCCACGAGAGUACAUCCACUUUGAAAACGAAAUACGAAAAACAAGUCGCAGAAAUUCUCGUUCAACUGGAAGAACUACACGAGCGCAAUCAAGAGCACGAGCUGCGAGAGGCAGGACUCAAGGAAAACGUCGAAUCUGAGAAAAGAAAAGUGGCAGAACUUCUGAGAGAAGUUGAGGGGAAAACAAAGAUGAUUCAAGAAUUUGAACAAAAUAAGGAAGAUUUCAAAACGUUGGAGGAAAAAUAUAAGCAGUGUUUAAAUGAGAAAUACAGCUUAGAAGAAAAGGUAGGGGAAUGUUUUAAAUACUUUAAACACUGCACAGUAUCGAUUAAAUUAUCUUAAAUUUAACAAUCGUGUGUAUUCUUUGGGGGAUGAUCAGACAUAGUUUGUGGUUAUUCUUUUACGGAAACUGAUUGCAUGCUUUUGUCCGGACAAAAUGUCCGACAAAUUUGGCAUUUGGUCUGCCACAUUGUAAUUUAGUCCGUUAUUCUAGCCUCUACUUUCAUCGUGUCUUCUUGUGUUAAAUAUAAUGUCUACAUUCACUGAAUUUAUAGCAGUGUAGUUGUUCAUAUGAUGUGCUAUGUUUUAAACAGAUUAAUAUUUAUUGUAUAUCUUAUUGUCAAUUUUCAUUAUUAUUAAUUCUAUUCUAACUUGUAAAUAUGCAAUUCGGUCUUCAGGCGGCCAGUAAGUAGUUGAUUUUAUAAAGUAUUGAUCUAAACUAUCUAUCUUGUUGUCCCAGGUUAAAGCAUCCUCAGAAUCGAUGGCCAAAGAGACGAUAGAUCUCCAAGAAGAAUUGGCAAAAAAAUCUGAGGUUAUUCGCGAGAUGGAGGAAAAUGAGAAAGAUUCGCAAAGCAAGUUUGACGAGCUACAGGAAAGGUUACAAAAAGUUACUGAGGAAAAAGAUUCUUUGGAAAAGAAGCUAAACGAAGAUCUUAAAUCUGAGAAAUUGAAUGUUGAAGCGCUUAGAAAAGAACUUGCGAUGAAAGAACAAGAAAUGAAGAAGUGAGUCAACAACCUUUUCAUGAGAAAUACAUUUAGUUUUCACGAAAGCCGUGAAUUAUGGAGACUAGCUAGUAUAGUUACUGUACAAUCUCGUUCCCUGAGCCUGCGAUCCUCGGGAAGGAGCGUGAGGCUCUGGGAUAAUCCGUUUCAGGGAGGAAUCUGAUUGGCCGUUGAAAUGGAAUGCGUAGUUCAAUUAUAGUUCAAUCUUAGCCAGGAUUCCUGGCUUCCGGCAAUGGAUUAUCCCAGAGCCUCACGUUCCUUCCCGAGGAUCUCAGGCUCGGGGAACGAGAUUGAGUUACUGUACAAAAUGUAUUUCCAAAUUAUGAAAUGAUGGCCCUUUCCCCCUCAGGAAAUGUUGACGGGGCGAUUCUUUCAUUACCAUGAUCAGACAUGAGUCAUGAGGUAGCUGCCAGAGGCGUCCUUAGAAAGCCUUUCACUCAAUCAGGUUGAGCUGCGUCCUUUGUAAUUCAGCUUAGCUCUCAGCUGCAAGUAAGGAUGAUUACACCCCACUCACUUACUUACUCACAAACUUACUUAUUUUUGUUACUUAGAAUUAUUACUAAACAGCUAAAUUGUGCUAUUUCAGAUUAGAAGAGAAAGAUGUAGAAUAUAAAGAGUUAGACAAACUGCGUGAAAUUUCGCAAGAAAAACUCGCUUUGGAAGAAACUUUGGAGCAAACUACAGAAUCACAAAUGAAAGAAAAUUCACAACAAGAGUUGCAGAAGGAACAGAAUGAGACGCAAGAAUUGGGUGAUAAAAUAAACGACGGUAAAAAGAACGAUGGACACGAAGAAUUAGAAAGCAAACUACACGAGAUGACGGUUGAGAAACAGUCCUUGCAACUACAGCUUGUCGAUUCAAGAUCAGAAAUACGUUCACUUCAAGAAAAGUUGAAAGAAGAUGAAAGUCUAGCCAGCGAACUGAAGUCGAACUACGACGCAAAGAUCUUGCAAAUUACACGAAACUUUGAAGAGGAGGUGAACGCGCUUGAAAGCGAGUUAAAACUAAAGAAAAACAGCGAAGAAGAAGCUUUGAGAUUUAGAAAAGAUGUUUCUAGCCUCAAAGAAGAAAAUUCCAAGCUCAAUGAAGAAUUACAAAAACACAAAGCGACCAUUUCAGAAUUAGAGGAAACAAGUCGUAGCCGUGAACUCGAGAUUGCUAAUUUGCUCUUGAAAUCGCCAUCACCACAAAGUUUGGAUGUAGAGGAGUUUGAUUUCAGCGCAGACGCAAGCGAUAGAUCACAACAACUGGAAAAUGAACUGGCAAAAUACAAAAAGAAAGUCCAGGAAUUGGAGGAAGAGGCCGAAGAUAAAUUUGAAACAACGUUGUGUCCAAAUUGCGAAGAUCGCGAGAAAAGCGAAGAGAUCUUACUUAAGACAAAAGCUUUAGUCGAUAAGAUCCAACUCGAUUGCAAAAAGAAAGUUCAAAAUGUCUACAGAGAUCUUGAAAAGACGGAGAAAGCUUUACAAGAACAGAUCAAAGAAGGUGAAAGCUUGAAAGCAAAGUUAGCGAACGCAGAAGAUGAAAUUAGAGAAGAAAGGAAGAGGAGCUUGGAGAUUUCAAAAUUAGCGAAGACGUUUGACGUGAAUGAGAAUGAGACUUCACAGGAUAUACCAGACACGAAAGGUAAUAGUGCUGGGGUGUUUUAGGAACGUUGAGGGGUAUGAUGACAAUGAAAUUUAGUUUGUGUCCUUUGAAAGAAUUUUUGAAGGCCUGUUUAUACUCUCAUUUCUCUAGUGCGAUUUUCUGCUUCUGAUGGAUGUGAAUGAGUAGAUGAGUCAUGAAUGUUCUGAGUAUAUAAACUCUCAUCUGAACAUUCAUAUCUCAUCCACUCAUUCACAUCCAUCACAAGAUGAAAAUCUACUCUAAAGUUGCCAGUGGAAAUGGGCCUUGAAUGUUAAACUCUUUUACCAGUUUUUCAUAUCUUACUAAAAGGGUGUACAAAAUUUUUGCAAGUCUGAAUGUUGCCGAACUUUUGUUGAUGAGAAUUUUGUGCAAACACUACAAACAUAGUUUGGACCAAAAUACAAUAAAUUAUUAUGAUUAUUAAAAUUGAUUAUUAUUAUCUAGGAGAGGAAGUGAAAGAUGACCAAAUGAAGACAUUGAACUCUCCAGAGUUUCAACUAAGACAAGAAGAUGAGAAAACACAGGACAGUUCAUCAGAGUUGCCAAAUAACCAAGAUUUUGAAAGUUUAUUUGAUGAGCAAGAAACGUUUUAUAAAACUGAGAUCUCACGAAAAGAUGACGAGAAUUUGCAAUUGAUGAUUGAAAACGAGAAAAUCCAGCAACAAGUCCAAAACUUGAAAGAAAAACGUGAUGAAGGUAGGUUAAGUGUACAACAUUCAAACUCUUUUUCACGAAAGGCACUGUACUUAAUGCCUACAUUUGUUUGAUUUAAAGUUUUGCCUCAGUCGCAUGUGACAAGAGUUGUUUCAGUUUGACUUUACUAAACACGGCAGGUUUUCUCUGGGUAUUCUGUUAUGACCAUAAGAACUGAUAGAGCUAUAGUUUAGGUUUCCUCCCAUAGUAACACUGGUCAUCACGAGAUGUGGCUCUCACUGGACCUCUAGGGAGAACAGUUCAGGACGUACUGAUAGGGCUAUAUCCAGUAUAAAUAAAGUUAGUUAUAAGGAAUGGCCCUUAGUGUACGUCCAAUAGAAAUAAAAUUAGUUGAGAUUAGGCUAUUCACCCUAACAACGUUUUAAAGAAGUUCUAUUAUAAAACUCACAGCUUGGACUUGCCUGUUCUCUGUUUCUGUAUUUGAAGAAUUCAACAUAAACCCAACUUUUAUUUCCCUUUUUCAGGCGCAGCACAAUACGAGCAAUUGAAAGUGAGAACUUUGGAGCAGAAAACAAAAUAUGAAAAUGAAAUCAAGCUGAUGCAGAAUGAAAUAAAGAUGUUGAUUCAGGAAAACAACGACGUGAAAGACCAGCUGGAAAUAUUGCAAAACAUUCAAAAGGAAUCUGAAAAUCUUCAGACUAAAUUCCAGGAAUCCGAGAAUGUUGUUCAGUCUAAAUUCCUAGAAACUAAGGACGUUCAAGCAAAAUUAGAAGAAACUGAAAAUAUGUUGAAAGAGAAUUCUAGGAAAUAUGAAGAAGAAAUCGUAAUUUUGAAAGAAGUUAUACGAGAGAAAGAAAAUCGCAUUUCAGAUCUUAGAAAUUCUCUAGAGUUAUUGGAAAAAUCGAGAGAGGGUUUGGAGUUUGAUAUAUCAAAUCAAAAGCAAGAAUUCUCGGAACGAGAGAGAAAUCUACUCGAUGAAAUCCGAGAAAUGACAGCUGCUUUUGAGAACGAGAAAAUUUUGGAGGAUAGUUCUCUGGGAAAAGGAGAAAUGAAGAGUGUCGAUAGUCUUGAAAUGUUGAUCCAUGAAUAUAAAGAAGAGGAUUCAAACGAGAAACCGUGGCAAUUUCGAGGGUAUAGAGGAGUAAACAGGGAUAAUGUACCCAAGGAACCGAUUGAUAUCAGAGGGUAUGGAGGAGUAGACAUGGAUAAUCUACCGAAGGAACGGAUUGACAUCAUAGGGCGUGAAGGAGUAGACAGGGAUAGUCUACAUAAAGGGUGGACAGAAGAUGCAAAAGGGAAGUUGAUAGACAUGAGAAGUCAUGCAGGGAUAAACUGGGAUAAAUUACUUGAAGAGCAUACAGACCAUGGUGAUGUCUAUGGAUAUGAAAGACUGGGUCGUGAUAAUGUACCCGCAGCACAGGCAAGGGGUACAUAUGAGAAUCCUGAUGAUAUCAGAGGGUAUGGAGGAGUGGACGUGGAUAGGAAAGCAACUGAAGGCACCAGAAUGGAAGCCACCAGUGAAAGAGGUCAAUACGAAGAAAUCAAUUAUUAUCCAUCAGACGAUUUCAAAUAUAGAGAAGAAGUGCAUUCAGGUAUAAUUCUUUUCAAAACACUUUCUUUUACCGCGUUGUCAGUUGCCAAUCAAAAAUAUUUUUACUCUCUGACCAGAAUUGUUUAUUUCAUGUCGUAUUCCUGUGGCUUUCAACAACUACAAAGUGAAAAGAAAAGUCUAUCUACAAUGUUUUACCCUAACCCUUAGUAAUAUAGUAAAAAUUAACAUAGGCAAAUCACUAAAUGUAGGUCAUUAGGAAAGCCCCUUCAGGUUGCAUUGUUUGUAGAUGAAAAUAAAGUAUCGUUCUGACAACGAGUUAUCAGCGGCUUCUUGUAUGUAUCGUUGUUAAGACUUUAUUUCUCCUUUACGCAGAUAACGACGAAGAUGUUUUAAAAAUUGGAAAAGAAACAAAACGAUCAUUUCAAAAGGAUGGAAAAUACAAGCAUGGAUCAGAGACACCUUGGGGAAUGAGACAUGAAGUAUUGGAGGAUGAAUAUGCAGGAUUUGAUGAUGUCGAAUUUAACAGUCAGUUUCAAGGAGGCUCUCCGGAGAGUUUGUUUUCUGAUGGAAAGUAUAAAGAGAUAGGAGGCGAAGAGAGUUUGGAAUUAUUGAAAUACGAACACGAUAUUGACCUGUUGCUUGAAAGGAACGAAAGCCAACGUUUACGAGCGGAAAUAGAAACUUUGACAAACUGUGUUGAUGUUUUUCAUGACGAAUGUGAAUGUUUGAAGAGAAGUUUGGAUAAAACUCUAGACAUGGUGGAAAGACUACGAGAUGAACGGGACGGCUUGGUGAAGAAGCAUGAUCUAAAUAUGGCUGAGCACUCGGAACUCAUGUUGGAUCUGAUCAAAUAUGAAGAAACUAUCGGGAGAUUGGAGAGAGGGAAUGAGAAGUUGGAAGAUGAUAGGAAAAUACUUGAAGAAUGUCUGAUGAAAAAACAAACCAACAAAUCUCGCACUGAAAAACAAGCCAGAUUGUUGUAUAAUCCGAAAACUAAGCCUAACUACCCAACACAAGAUGACAGACCAGAGGAUGAAUGGAAAUUAAUUCGACAACAUCAUACGGAAAAUCAAGUAUUGUUUUCAAAUAAUCUUAAAGCUGAACAUUCAAUGCAACUAGGCUCAGAAGUUGGUGAGUUUCCGCGAAAGGAUACUCAAUUUCGUAGAAAGGGUAAUAAUGAGACUAACUUUCUAAGAAAGGAUGAUGAUUAUCUGAGAAGUGAACCUGGAUUUCUAAGAAUGGAGGAUGGAUAUCGAAGAACAGAAAGCCUGAUGCUUGAGGAUUUAGUGAAAGAAGCCGAAUUGGAAAGGAGAACUUUUUCAGAUGAAGAUAAUGAAGAGAUCACGAGAAGAUCGCCAGCUCGUGACGAAUUGCUUCACACAGAAACAUUUAGGGAUGACUUUGCUGCCUCGCUGCCAGACAGAAGUGAAGGCAAGAGAAACCAAAGACAGGAUGGAAACAGAAAAUUCACAACCGAAGAGAUCGAAAUGAAAUUUUCUAAAGAGAAUGAAAUGCUUCAUAAAGAACGGGCAUUUGGAGAAGACUUUGCUGGAAGGUUGCCGAGUGUCGACAGCACCAGAAAAUUUAUUAGUCAGGAGAACGAAGAUUACCGCUUGAGGAAUAAGUCAAAGCUAGCAACUGCGUCGAACCACAGCAAGCGAAGCUACGAAGAAACUCCAUCACAACGUACAAAGACAGAAGAGAGUCGUUCGUUUUCGACGUACCGGCCACAAGCAUCACCUGAGUUAUCGACACCACAACCAUCUACGAGAGAGAUGAAGUCACUUCGAGGCACAAAACAGCCCGAAAAACCGAAGUUUAAAACGAAUUCCACCUCAGUUCAUGUUGAAGAGAAGAGAAGGUCGAACCUGCUGCAAGAAAAGGCGAGUAGAAGACAAACUUCCAAGAAUGGUUCAAUUACGUUUCCAAGACAUGAUAAACUUCCUUACAAUUCUCGCGAUGCUUUGGAAGUUCUGGGAAAUGAAACACCGUCAAGAAAAUUUCCUAAACGGACAAGCAGCCAAAAAUCUUUGAAAUCCAAUUCUAGAAAUGUCUCGCCAAAAUCGAAAAGAGUUCCUGGAAGCCCUCUAUCAAAUGGUUCAACCCUAAAUUCUCCGAAUUUUUCAAGCAGCAGUAUCCUCACAAGCACCAGAGCUAACUUGACGACGACCGACCGGCUUGUUCCGAAUCUUUCCGGACUCUCGCCGAUUGUAUCACCGCUGGAUCGGCAUUAUCAUGCUGAAAAAUUAAAAUGGCAAAUUUCGGCGGAAGAGCGUAACAAUACCUCGACAGCAAACCGCGACAGUACAACCUUCUUACUUAAUGUACAUCCAAAUUGUUUUCUUGGUGAAGGGUUCCAUUCCAGCCGUUUUAAAAGCCACAACAGGUCUCGCUCGGCCGACGAUCGCUUGCUGACGUCAUCAAGGGAGAUGACUUUGUCACGUGAUCUGUAUCAGGAGAAACCGCUGGUUAUAAAUUUUGAAGAUUUUGUUUUCCGACAUCGAGUUAAGUCCUCGGAAGAUGUGGCCAAUAUACGAGAUCCGUCCUCCGCAGAACUCUGGUUUUCAUGAGAAUUCACAGAAAUACAGCCAAUUCAAAAAAGGUUCCAAACCUUAAACUCUAAACCUGAAGGUUUGCAAAGGACAACUAUUUUUUUAAUUAGCUGUAUAACAUAACACUGCUAGUGCUUUCAUUAUAUGCAGUAGUAUAUUCGUAAGUAUAUGUUCAUUAAAUGUACUAUACUAUUCAAACCUUUAGUCUAGAAAUGUAUUUUAUCCUAUUUGCCAUGGCUAGUUUUGCCACUAAUUAUAUUUGGAAUUAUAUUCCGACUGUCUAUGAAAAUACUAAUAGUUAUACGUCAUACUACCAUAAACUAAUAGGUUAUAAACUACUAACAUGCUUAAAGGUGAUCUACAGUCCGUAUGUAAACAAAAGCCUUUGUUUACAUUUUUGUGUCCAAAAUAUUGAGCUUUAUUCGACAACUAUUUAUAUUUUUAAGCUUCUAGAGUAUAAUAAAUGAUCAAGAAACAACAAUCAGGCUUUUCAAGAACUCAAAACAUAGUUAAACGGUUUGUAUCAUAAAAAGUGGGCUCAUCUGUGCACAUGCGCAGAUCGGACUGUAGAUCACCUUUAAUAUUGAACUGAGAUGAGACUCUAUUUCACAAGUAGAAUCUGACAGAAAUGUUAACUUUAUAUAUAGCUAAACUAUUGUCUAUUGUUAUUAAACGUUUGAUUAUGUUCAGUGUUUUCUGGUUCAGUGUUUAUUCUUUCAAAAAUCCAAAAGAAUCGAGCAAGUCGUUGCACAAUGAAAAUCGAAGAGCGAAGAAAAAUAGAUUUUUCCAUAAGCUAAGGAAUUCUACAGCAUACUGCUGACACGUAGCAACAUUGGUCUCGACCUGUUCCAACACAGCCGUUCUUUGCGAAUUAACGCUGGAAAAAAUCUCGCUGAUCAUUUCUUCGACAACAGGGCGAAUGAUUGGAACCCAAGGUCGUAACACGUUACAUGGAUUCGCUUGAAACAGCGGGAGAAGAUUCGGGAACAUCAUAGAUAUAAUUGGGGUUCCAUGGUGAAGUAUUUGCUCGGCGACAUCUCGUUCUGUCGUGUAUAAAAUGAACUGCAUUCCUCGAGUGAGCGUAUCACACCAGCCUUCAAGAAGAAGCGGCAUCGUCACAGCGUCGGCAAAAUGUGGGGCUGCAUACUGACGAUUUUCAUUGGAACUAUACACCGAAAAAAAGCCACUCGCGCGAAGUUGAAAUCCUCCACGAGAAACAACAUCAGUAAAUACAUCUCGUUCCUCUAUUCGCUCAAAUUUUCCACGAUAGUUAGCCAAUUUACCAAGAGCAUCAUCUAUACAAACCCACAUUUCAUCUUUGCAAUCUUUCAAGUGUAAACACUCCGCUUCAGAGAACUUGAAGAUCGCUCGAAAAGCGUCGAUAAACAUUCGAGCUUUCUCUGCUUUAAUCUUUCCUACGUGACACUUGUCCCCGCAUAGUUCCAACGCUUUCGUGAUCAAAUGAGAAGAAGCCAGGCGGAAUAUACGAAGGGCAUCAUCGACGCGUUCCGUAUUGCGGUAGAGAAGACCAAGAAACAAAGCAGCUAAGAUAAUACCUUGAGCCAUAAUAGAAGCCCAAAGUUCUUGUCCUGUGGGGCAUCGGAAGCGUAGAAACAGUUCCAAAAGUUUCUCCAUAUGUUUGAUCAAUCCUUCCUGGUUCUCAGCACCUUCCUGGCAUAACAUGUAUGCAUGGUAGAGUAUGCGCAUGUAAUCACCAUUUCCUGUGUAGUGCCUCAUGUUGCGCAUGGCAAGUUCGACAUUGGGGUCUUUGUAUUCCCCCUGCAUCAUGUGACAGCUUCCUGACAUAAACAAAGCUCCGCAUUCAAAGAGACUGACUACACUUUCCUUCGACUUCAUGACUCUCUCGUACAACAUUCGGGCAUAAUUAAAUUCAUGCAAAGCUUCAUUGUAGCUUUCCUGACGAAAUUUCAGAAAUCCUGAAAUUAGCAUAUUGUACGCACGCACAGUUAAUUCCAUUGUAGAAUUGGGAGUGACAGUGUCCGAUUCGCUAGCUUCGCGGGCGGCAUUCAAGAAUGUUUCAAUGUUUGUGACAUUAUCUUGAUUUAAAGACGCCAUGGCAGCGAUCAAAUAUGUUAAGAUUUUCCACUCGCUGUUGUUACCAUCUCCCAUGGAGGUCAAAAUUUUCUCGCAAUAUUGUGCAGUGUAAUCAGGUUGGAUGCAGGACAAAUAUGCCAGGCAUAGUCGCUUUAAAUCUUCAUCUUUAGCACUUUCAUAAGUUUGCUUAAAUUUGUCGAUCAUAACUUCGACGUUUCGGUACGACGUGAAGGAAAGAGCGACAGCGGAAUUGAAGUGGGAAUACUCGUAAAACGUUUCACUUGACACGAACUGAAUGGUAGCGCUCUCGUGUGCUUGAAGCUUGAGCAGAAUUUUCUUCACACUUUUCUGGAAUGGAAAUACUGUAUAGAAGAAUCGAACACACAAGUCUCUAACCAGUUCGAAAUCAAUGUCAGUAGAUUGAUCGAAGAAGGAAAAGAUCUCGUCUUGUCGACCACAUCGUAAGUAAGCCAUUAACCGAACUUCGUUGACAAUACUAACAACGACAAACAAAUUGCGGUGAGUGUCGGCGGAAAUGAUACCAUCUUCAAGCAGGCGAUCUAAGAUGCUCCACGGAGAGUUGUCAAUCACACUAGAAUAUUGAAAUUUACCAAUGUUAGUUAUCAGCAUCCCAACAGCACGGUAUAGUUUCUUCUUGAUUGACGAAAUCAGCCCGAUAUCUCGCGACGUAAACGAGAACUGGAAUUGGUCGAGAGCAUUUUGAAGACAGACGAUGGCAGAUGACUGACGAAGGUUAAAAUUCGAAGCAUCUUGGGAGAUCCCUGUCAUAGAAAGAACAAGGGCAUCGUAGGUGUCGACUAGUUCUGGAUCGUUGCCAUAAAGAAAGGAAACAUUACUCAGAACAGUUGAUAAAUCACAAUUAUUCUCUACUCGAGAACCAUCAAAUUUCAACGCAGAAACAUAAAGUUCGGCCAGUUCUGUUGGUGUUUUUAUAAGAUCUUUAUUUUCUCCUCUUCCUAGUACCAGACGACCCAGAGGGGUUUUGCAAGCCUUGCUCAUUCGACCGUCCACAGAAAAACCACACAUUUCGUCAUCGUAAAAUCCUUUUCCAAGAAAUGGCCAUUCUGUUGCGUCACCUCCACAUUCCUGACUUGAACACGCGUAUCUUUGCAGAGAAUUUGUUAAAUUAUUUGCAUCGUUCAAGGAAGGAAUACACAUCGAAGGCAAAAUUGUUUCCUGUAAAUUCAAUACCUUGUAAUUGAAGUAUUCCAUUAAUUUCAUAAAGUACUCUUUGACAGACGCGUCAUUUUUGCCGUCUUCGAUCAAUAAAGCUGAUUCCAAAUCACUGAACGGUGUUGCUUCUCUUCUCGCAAACGAUCCAAAACCGAUAAAAGCAUAGUUGACGUCCUGAGGAGGCUGUCCGAGUACUUGUAUACAUUCGUCCAACAGUAGGGCCACGGCGUCUUUCAUAAACUCUCGGAUUUCAGUGAAAAUCUCUCGUAUUGCUUUUGCUCGUCUGGCUUCGCUCUCGGCAUCUCUGUCGUGUAGUGGAGAAGUGAACACGCUAUACUUACUCUGAACAGACUUCAGUUUCUCGCUGCAUUGCUCUCGGAAUUCCUCCAGUUUGCUCUUGCGGUUUCUAUCGAUAUCGUGUCGAAAUUCGCUCGCGUUUAUGGCCUGACCACAGUGAGAAAGUAUGUUUUCUUCAAUUCGACGUAACUUUGCUUCUAACUCGUUUUUCUUCGUGGAAUCGUUGCUGCGAAUCAAGCUGGAAUUGUAAAGCGCAGUGGCAAGAACGAACUGGUCCAAGCGAACAAACGGUGUGUCUGAGUUGUCUUCGAGUAAUGCACGAGCGUUGUAAACAUCGCCAAGCUUUUCCAACGCGAUUGCCUCGUCGUGUUUAUUCUCAUCAUCAUGAGCCAUCUUCAAUGCUUUCGCGAUUUCCAGCUCACGAUGCCAGCUUGUUACUGAAUGAAGUUCUGCUUUCUCUAACUGACUUUUGAACAAAGCAUUCGCAGACGUUGACAUGAUUGAACAGCGAGUUUAAUUAAUCAAAGUGAAUGCUCGAAUAAUUGGAACUGCUUUGAGCUGGCUAUAUAUGCUAAACUCUGGCAGCUUUAACAAGAAAACAGGAAAUUGCAAACAAGUAUGUAUUACUAAGAAACGCGGAUUUAAACGUGGACCAAUAUCUAAGCUUAUCUCGCUAAAUAAACUUCCCAGUAUUUUCG